UGUCGACUUCAUGCAACAAAUGGUUGAUGUGGAUAUACAAAGCCUGGCUGAGAGGUGACCCCAGCUAACUGAAUAAGAGUGCUCUCUUAAAGAUUGCAGAUUUUGGUACUAUGGGAUGUGGGGGGGGGACUGUGGGGAACACACAAGCACAUAUACUUUGUGUAUUCUCCAUGGCUGAAGACAGAACAACACAGAACAAACUCAAAUCAUGUGCCAAAAGUUGCCAAGGGCUGCAGUGUCUAGCUAACUAGGUCGAGAUAACAAACAAUAGCUCACAUUCUUUAACAAAGGUCAGUCCUGCUCUCUCUCCCUCACUAUUUCUCAUAGUCUGCAUUCCAGGGGCCGGCUGAAAAUUGUGAAAUAACUUGCUGGGAGCUUAAAUCAGCCAAGUAUUUUUUCUGAUCAAGAUUAAAGUUUAAGGUCUGUUAUUUUAUUUUCAGUAUUGUAACAUUGAGGGACCAAAUUGUGAUUCAUAUUUACCUAUAGGGCGCCAUAUUUGUAGUUUGUCAUAUUAUAAUAAAGACGCUGCGGUGAUUAUAAAACAUAUUUUGUCUCCUAAUGGGUUAUGCAAAUUGUCUCCAUAAAAUAUUGAAACGAAAAAAGAACGUCCGUUGUGCAGAGAUUUGUUGGAAACAGAAACGCUAUAAGACUGGCAAGGAUUGUUGGUACAGUGCGCCACCCUGUGGCUGACGAACGCAGCUACAGCCAGCAGUUGUAUACACUGUUGUGGACAGAACUGAGGAAAUAAAUAAAAUGUCCAGUUCAACACGAAGGAAUAAAAAAAGAUAUAUAUUUCAGGCACAAAGUGCGGCCAAGGACUUCCAUGAGUUUUCUAGCGUACGUCGUAAUACGUCCACCAACUGUUCCAUCAGAUCUCUUAAGGGGGGGGGGGGGGAACAAAUCUCAAUGAAGGGAGAUGAAGGAUCCUGAUGACCUCAUGUGCUGGCAGGUGGUUAUGACGUCAUAACACCGUUCAUUUAGUAACACCUUCUACAGGCUACUGUCGUUCCAAUUUGGCCACAUCAGACACCAGCACUUGUCAUUCAAGUUGGUUGCUGACUGUUCAGGGGCUGUGGCUAAGACCCCUGAUGUCAAGAUGAACCGGUCACAUUUUGAAGAUCAGUAACUCAAACCUACCUGCCAAAUUCAAAAAUGCACAACGAGAAGGUUUUGCGCGGGAUGGGUUACAAACUGGGGAUAACGAUCGGCGAGGGAAGCUACUCCAAAGUCAAACUUGCCAGCUCACAGAAACACAACUCACAGGUCGCCAUCAAAAUCGUUGACCGUAGAAAGGCACCUCUUGACUUCGUGAGCAAGUUUCUACCCAGAGAACUAGCAUUGUUGAGAACUGUCCGACACGCCAACAUAGUGCAUGUCCACGAAUUCAUCGAAGUUUGCAACGGGAAACUAUACAUUGUUAUGGAGGCAGCAGUAACGGAUUUACUCCAAAAGAUCCAAGAGGUCAGUUGCAUCGCUGAAGACCAGGCCAAGCCUAUGUUCUCCCAGAUUGUCAGCGCGGUGGACUACCUUCACGAAAACAACAUUGUGCAUAGAGACCUCAAGUGUGAAAAUGUACUACUGACUAUAGACAAUCAGGUGAAGAUCACCGACUUUGGUUUUGGGAGGUUUUCUGCGGGCUACCCAGAACUGAGUAACACCUACUGCGGAUCCGCGGCCUAUGCCCCGCCCGAGGUUCUUCUUGGAGUUCCGUACGACCCGAAGAAAUAUGAUGUGUGGAGUCUAGGUGUUAUUCUGUAUGUCAUGGUCACCGGCUGCAUGCCGUUCGACGAUACCAACGUCAGCAAGCUCCCGCGCAUCCAGCGCAAGGCCUUGGUCUACCCAGAAGACUCAACAGUGAGCGGACCUUGCCGAGAAUGCAUCAAAGUUCUGUUGCAGUUCAGCCCCUCGAACCGUCCGACCAUAAAGCAGGUGUUAGAGCAGUCUUGGCUGCAAUAGACAAGAGGCUUUGAUAUGAGUGUAUCAUUAAACAUGGUUCAAUUGUAAAACAAACAAUUAUUGAUGUGUUAUCACGAUUUCUUUUGAAGUCUGUAUGCAUGUCCCGAGGGGAGGGGGGGGGGGGGAACUAACGGCUUUUGCAAAUAGUUUCAUAAACAAAUGUUGAACAAUAAAGCAACCUGAACCUGGCAACUAAGAUAAGUAGCCCAAUAACAGGUUUGGACCAUGGCAACUAUCUGAACUGUAUGUGUACACCCAUAAAUCACGAUAAUGUAUUAUGAAAUUAAAAGUCACACACUCCAACACUAUACUCAGGGGAAGCCAAACGUUCAGCGGGGGGAAAGAAAACGUGAAUAUGUCUAAGGAAAGACGAAAAUCCCUCACACCCAGCCAAAAGUACGCUCACAAAGCAAACCAGAGAGAAAAGACAACUUGUGACCUGAGUUUCAAAGCCAUUGAAGAGCAGAGGAAUUCGACGCUGGAGAGGCACGACCGAAUGACUGACGCAUACCAUUCUAAACUUGAACAAUACAGCGCUGCGCUCUCCAAACCAGUCGCGCUGGAGGGCGCUACUGUGGAGGCCCCCACGGCUGGCUUGAACGAAGAGAAAACGUCAAGUACGCAGACGCCCUCUCAGAUGUACCUGUCCCGCAGAAGAUGGUCCACGGCAUUCUAAGCGCCAAAGUGGUUACUGAACAUGGAGGACCGCAUUCAGGAACAGGGGAAAUACAGUAGUCUCCCGGAAGUGUUUGGAGUCAAACAAGCGUUUUUGUAAAAAUGAAUAAUCAAGAUGGACCUGUUAUUGUGUAAAACUUGUUGACGUACGUGGUCAGGUCUUUUCCAUACAGCAGACUUCGAAAACGAUCUAACGAUCAAACACCUGGUUCUCAAUAAAAGUGUUUUUUUUUGGAUCAUAUCAACGGGUAAUUCUUCACUGACUUAACUAAAAUAAACAUGACAAGGAAAGCGAUUAAAAUUAGUUUAUUAUUAUUACUUGAUAAAGCAGAAAACAAACCCCAAAACAAAUAGGAACAUUUCUUGUACAUAGUUUUUUUCCCCCCCCAGGGUGAUGCAUUGCAUUUAGAACAGCGCGAGCACCCACAAAAACAGAAUGGUGUUCCACUCGUCACACAGAAGCAGGUAGUAGUUAAGCCAGCACCGAUGCAGCUGCACUAGGACGCCAAACCGAGCCCCACACAGCUCCAGGAGCAAGGCGGCAUCUCGAGACUACCGUUUCAUACCGUCUCCUUUCUCCUCAUCCACACAGGUAGACUUGAGACAGGUGAAGAUAAUGUGGACAAAGUCAACCAGAUAUGACUCCCUGUGUGGUUCAACCGUGACAGGAGACAAGAACAGGGAGACACUUUUACACUACGGAGACACGACCCAGAAGUUUAAAAUAUGCUUUCAAAAGGCAACCUAGCCACUUCAGUGUACUACUUUGAUCUGUAAAAAGUCUAUAAAAAAAUCUUGAGCGAAAAGUAGUCCACUGCAUGGUGCAUACAGUCUCACCUAGAAGACUUCUGACAAACGGUUAUCCAAAAGGCUUCAGAAUAAAUGACAACGGGUGAUGAUAACCAGCAAUAUUGCUUACGGGUACAGAGUCAUGUGUGGGCCAUGUGUGACAAACACAAAAGUUCUUUCCUCAGAGUUUGUGUGUGUACCAGCACCUUUAAGAUUUUAUAGACUUAGGACCCACAGAGUCCAUUUGUUAAGAAACACAAACGUCUCACACACACACACACACACAAUCGUAAGAUCUGGAAUACAUCACACACACACACAGCCAUCAAAACAUAUCAAGAAAAAGAAGGAACAUUUAUUGAGGGGGAAAAGGGAGAGGGAGAAUAAAAGAAAAACAGAAGAAAGAUUUGAAAUGGUGCAGCAGAGUAAGAACCUAAAUUCAAAGCAUUGUUUUAUAUUUUCAGAUUAGCUGUCAUGUCGACAAGGCCCCUAAAAUGCAGUUUCAGCCUUGGCAGUGUGAACCAGGAGAGGGCAACAGAAUCGACAUCUUUUUGGAGCCGUAUACAAGGAAAGCUUUAGUUUUUUCAGGCCUCUCACAGAAGGAAUACGAUCGUCUUGUAAGUGUGGUCUCCGCUUCAAGUCCCAUUAGUGUUAGCUUAGCACACGUUCGCUGCCCUCUUACACAUGGAAACAUGCCUACAUUCCGACCCAAAUCGGAUUGCUAAACUAAUUCGGGGACCUAACCUCAAACUCAUCCGCUCAAUUCCUUGUAAAAGAAACGCUAACGCUAAAGGGUUUAUACAUAACUAAAUUCUGAAAGCUGUCCAUCUUAUUAGACAAAGAGUUGGGCUCUCAGGAGUGAUUGGACAAAAUGAAAAUAAUCCACCACAACCAUAGGACAGAAGGCAAAACAAUGUCACUAAAAGAUGACAUCCCUUUAAACCACCCCCACCCCCUGCCACACCCCUCCCGCUUCAGAUUUUUUUUAUAAUAAUUUUUUUACAUCCCGAGGGUUAAAAUAAAACAACGAGGGGUCCAUUAUUGGACUUGUAGCCGUUUCUUUGGAAGGUUUCCUAGGAGACGGCUCCUUACGUUGUGUUCCAUGUUUCAGUCAGUUACCAUAAUCCUUUUCUUCAGCCCCCAAAAAACGAAUGUUUAAAAA